UUGAAAUAUUUCAAGCGCAUGCUGCAAAACAAUCCAAAACAGAUUAUAAAAUUGUAACGAGGUACAUCAUGUCUACAGAAAAGGACAAACCUUUCCGACUGCCUCCACCAAAAUUUAGUGAUGAGACCAAGAAAUCUUUGGAUAAUUUCACAAAGUUGCGGAACCCGCACUUCUCAACACCUUCGGGCAUGUUACUGCCUCGCGAGAAGCAACCUCCGCCGAUGUAUGGUCCGCGGGGUUCAACGGUUCCACCGCGUUUCUUAGCACAACAGCAGCAAAAACGUUACCGCCAUAGUACCGAUCGCGGAAGAUAUCAACAUCGUUUUUUGAAAGAUCCUCAGCAAGGAAAUCGAAAUCAGUACUUCGAUAGUGAGGUGAUCCCUGAGCUACUGGAAAUUAACUGGUCACUGUGGUGCGAAGGAUGUGAUGUAAAUUGCAAAACGGAUGAAGAGCUUCGGAAGCACUGUGAGGGUCAUCGGGAAUGUGCUGUCGCAGGGUGUAGGUAUGUGGGUCACCCAAAGGUUAUGAAGCGUCACUGGAGACUAGCACAUGACGAAGAAAAGCUACGCGAAAAAGCUUACAUGCAAACCAAACAAAGUCCAGAAGAAAUAUCGGAUUGGCGCGAGGAGAGAAAAAAACGUUUUCCCACUAAAGCAAACAUAGAACUUCGACAGAGGGCACAAGAAGAAAGAUUCAAAAGAGGAGAAAGAAUAGAAGAGAAUAAAAACAGAUUCCCCGAAAGAAGUCCAGCAGAAAGGAAUCGUUCACAAUUUUCUACAAGGAGAGGUCGGGGACGAUUUGAACCAAGAAGUAGACGACCUCGAGUUCCUGAUAAAGAGUCUGAAGCAAUUCAAGAUUCCGACGAUGAGGAAAAUGUCUCACGAGUUGCUUUUAAAGGAACGUCAAAGUUAAAAAAUUACAAGGAAAAACCAAAAAACGCACUUUCGUUACUUGGUCAAUAUGGUAGCGAUAGUGAGUGUGAGUCGGAUACCGAUUCUAAAUGCAGUGCAAAUUCGCUCGAAUCGGAAGGAUCGUCUAUAAUAGUAGAGAACACAGUGGAAUCGACCGAAGAAGUACCAAUAAUUCAUAAUCCAGAAAGUAUUCCACUAAACGACGAAUCAGAUACAAUAUCGGAAGGCGAAAUUGUAACCAAAAUACCAGAUAACACAGCGGAAUCAAUCGAAAAAAUACCAGUAAUUCAUAAUCCGGAAAGUAUUCCCAUAAACGACGAAACAGAUACACUAUCAGAAGGUGAAAUUGUGUCGAGUACAUCAGAAGAUGACGAGGAAAAGGUAGAUAUCAGUGAUCAACCAUCGACAAUAAUUGAAAAAGAACCGGAUAAUCCAGAACAGACUGGAUCAAAAAGUAGACAUCGUUCGCGAAGGCGUCGCAACGGGAAAUCCUCUGAGGUGCAAGGCGAUGGUCCCACCACUUCCAAAGUAGCACGUGUGGAGCAACAACCGAUACUGAAUUAUCAAAAAUUUCGACGCAUUCGUCAAAACACAAUGCUUGAAAAACUUCUAGAGCCGGACAUCCGUCAUGAGCGCAAUGUAUUACUACAAUGUGUGCGAUUUGUCGUGGAAAACAAUUUUUUUGGAAUAGGGCAACCGAAACUUAAUGAAAAUAAUCGAUGA